ACCAAAUCACCAUCAAGCCAGGUUUAUGUUACGGUCAACCGUCAAAGAUUCUUGAUUUUAGUGUUAAACUUAAGCAUUUUAUCCUACAAGUUAUGUUGAUUAGAUUCCUCUAUUUACUGACCCCCUUAGUCCCGCCGGUAUAUAAUUUCUGUCACACACGUUGCUCUUCAUUACCUACAUACCAACAAGCAUAACAACGCUUCUUCAGCACAAAGCUUCCUCACCAAAAAUGGCUCUCGUCCUCUUUCUUACUUUCUCAUUCUUCCUUCAAGGAGCACUUGGUGGGAUUAUAUGUGAGACGUUGCCUGCUGAGCUCUGCUCAUUUUCGGUGUCGAAUUCUGGCAAGCGAUGCUUGCUAGAGAACCAUGCAACCAGUGAUGGAACAGUGGCAUAUCAAUGCAAGACAUCUGAUGGGUCUGUUGGUGUCAUUCAUGAUUUGAUUGAAACUGAUGAAUGCAUUAGCGCAUGUGGAGUUGAAAGGAAAACGAUUGGCAUUUCAUCGGGCUCUCUUCUUCAGCCUCGGUUCACUGCCAAGCUUUGCUCCCCACAGUGCUAUCAAGCUUGCCCCAAUAUUGUAGACCUUUACUUCAAUUUGGCUCUCGGAGAAGGAGUGCAUUUGUCUGCUCUGUGUGAAGCACAACUAGCAAAUCCAAGGCGUAACAUGUUUGAGAUUCAGAGCUCUGGUGUGGUUAGAAGUCCUGUUUCUUCCCCAGGUGCCAUUUCGGUUGAACUGGAAAGCACUAUACCCAGUGAUCCAUAUUUCUCUCCUGGUCUUGCUCCUAUACCAGCUUGAUGAAACUCCACAACUUGCUCCACUUUCCUUGCUUUGAUUCAUCCAUUAGGUUUAACAUAUAAAUUAUAGGGAGUACUUACCACCAUAUUAUAUGUAACAGUUACCUUAAUAUUUAUUAAUCAGCAGGUUAUUCUAAGCUCUGCUUUGGAAAAAAGCUUGAACUUCAAGUACUGAUUUAUUUUUUUUCUGCUCUCUAAUGUAAAUGAUGGAUUCAAGUUGAGCUUGUUUGAGUUCGAAAACGAGCUUGACUUGAAUAAG